AUGUCGAGGCCUCCAGCACAUCCAAAAGGCUGGGCACCGCCACCAUCGGUGACUUCACCUCCUGUAUCUUUCCGUCCUGCGACCCCAACUCGACAGUCGCCGAUUCAUCGUCUCCCACCACCGUACAUUCCUUGCCCAAAACCGAUGAGACCCACGUCGUCUCCGUUGCAGGGAACUGCGCCACAGCCGUUUAGAUACCCAUCGCCAGUAAGUUAAACAUAUUUUUAUAAAAAUUUUAAUAUUUCCUUUAGAAAAAUAAUAAUAAUAACACAAUAUUACGUUCGUAAUAAAGUGUCCAUCUCCGCAAGUAUAUGAACAACCCAUGUCGAUGCCAUUUAAACCUCGAGAAUUUGUGGUUCUUGAAGCUCCGUCACCACAAUUAUGGUUAGAAGAUGAAGACAGUACGACUGACGGUCGUUCAACUGCAGACAUAAUUGCGUCACAGUCCCAGGAUUACGUAGACGAAAAGUUGGCGGAAUAUCAAGCAACAAUUUAUAUGUUACAAGGUAGGACACAUUUUAAUACAUUUUAAACCAAUAGAUUUAUUGUACACAAUAAUUAUGAUUUUACGACAAAAAAAUUCCGUGUGCAUUGUAAAUUGCUUAAAAUGUAUCCAAUAGUUUAUAAUGAUAGAUAGGUAGUAAAACAUUUGACCGCGCGCAUUUUAAAAGAAAUCAUGACGCGUAGCAGUAUCAUUUUGAUUAUAGGUAAGUACAAACCAUGAAGUUUUAAUCUUACGGUAUAAACUAUAUUAUAAUUAUUUUACACAAACAAUUUAUCUUAUUCGAUGUUGCGUAUGUAUAUAAUAAUAACAAUUAGUCUACAAAGAUAACCACCGAGGCGCUUGCCUAGAGCACUUUAUACUGAGGGAGCAAUCAUAUUUUAAAUUUUAAAAUAGCAUAAACAAUUUUAAAUUUGGUAUGAGUGGUUGGCCAAGGACCUAUAGAGUCCCUGGAGAAACCUUUUCACUCUGUAUGAGAAUAAGGUUUGGUUUAUGAGUUCGCAUGGCUUUGAAUGCUAGGUGAGGCAGGGUAGUUGUGGGAAUUUGCUGAUUUUUAGUGAGUAUACCAAAGUGUUUUAUAGCCAAAAGGCUUCUUUUUGGAGUUAAGGCAGAGCUGUUGAGUUUCUUAGGUUUUAAUUUGUCAUUAGGUAAUGGACAUUAGUCAUUGCGAAUUACAACAUUUUGGAACGCCUCGAUCUUAUUCCAAGUAUUUAGAGAUGAGAGCUGAAAGGCCUUCAUGAUACUGCGACAUAUAAUAGGAUGAGCCUUAGGUAAAUUUUAUAUAUGGUAAUUUUUCUUGGUAAUGAGAUAGAUUAAUAUAGGACAAAGUGCCGCACAGGCGCCUUGUGCCCAUUGAAUAGCGGACCUCAUGUGUUAAUUGAAACACAGGUUAAAGUUAAACUUGAUUCCCAGAUAUUUGAUAUGAGUUGACCAAUCCUAUACAAUUCAAUUUAUACCUAUUGUACCAUUGAUUAUAGUGAAUUGUAUGUAUAAUAAAUGGUUCUACACAUUAAUAUUUAUAAUACACUGUGUCACUAUUAAUUGCCAAUAAAGAUUAUAAAACGAAUUACUAACAUUAAAUUUCUAUUUAUAUUCUAUAUUAUAGAUGGUAAAGUUCAAUUCAAUAUUAGCAUUUAUGAUAAAUAUUUAUUUACUAUGCUCGUAGUGGUAUUUAUUUUAUUUUUUUUCUGAUUUGACACAAAUUUGUUUCAAAAUACCUUGGUAAUCCAAACAUUUUACUUAAAUCUUUUUUAGAUUUUGGGAGAUUGCGCGUAAUAAUUUAUGUUUUAUGUCUAUUAAUAUUAAGUAUCUGCAUAUUUUAUUUAUUUGAUGAAAAAAACAAAACCACUGUAAAAGAAGAUUAUUAUGGUUAAUUAGAAGUAAAACCUAUGUACAAAUCGAAAAAUAUAAAUUAAUAAUUUAUUUCUAAUUAAUACAUAUUAAAAAGGUUGGUGGUAAAAUAUAUCAACAAAUGAAAAAAAUUAAAAUAAUUUGACUUACACAUUAAAACUAAAUAAAUAAAUAUACAAAUACAUUUUAACGUAUAAUUUCAGUGUAAAUAUACAAUAUAAUAUUGCAUAGGUAUUAUUUUUUUUUGCAUGUCUACGAAUAUAUACACAUGGGCAUAUUUUAAUGUUUUUUUUAGUGCAUUUAAUUUCCAAAUCUGGAUUAGCCAUAACUUAAAAAUAAAUUAUAAGCUGAAAUUCAUAUUAUGUAUGGAUUAUAAAUAUAAUAUAUUUUUCUUUCAAUAAAUUUGUUUAAUAUUUUUAUUUAAAAUAUAUCAUGGGCAUUUUAUAUCAUCAUAAUAAUUAUGUUUCAGUCAGUAUGAUUUCAAAGCGUCAAAUGCAUCAGUUUUAAAUUUAAUAUAAAAAUUUAAAAUUAAGAUAUCUAUAGGUAGGUAGCUAGGUAGGUAAGUAGGUAAAUAUGAAUACUGGCAAUAUUAUACCUACUUCUUAUGACGAGUUAUGUCAACACAUAUUAACUCUUGUCUUUAGAUAGAAAUUCAAAUUUAAUCGUAUUUUUUUCGAAACGAUAAAGGUUCUUUUUAUUUAUGUACAAAAAAGCUAUUCAAAAUAAUUAUUGACUAUUGUAUAUAAUCAAGAUAAGGUAUAGGUUUUUAUAAUUAAACUGUUUAUAGUUUGUAAUAAAAUAAUCCAUAAAUUCAAAAAUAAUGAAUUAAUUUUCCAUGUUUCCUUAAAUAUAAGUUUUACUUAGUAAUAUUUAGACACAUGGCAAAGGUAUAAUGCAAUAAUUCUACAUAUUAUGAUAUGUAUAAUAUUUUUGUGUUGCCUGGACAUAGGUAUACAACCAAUGUAUUUUAUAUUAUUUACUGUGGAGUUUCUAUUUUCAAUUAGUUACUAAUAUUAUAAUUGUUUGUUUUAUAUACGGGCAUAUUAUACACGAAUGACAUAUUUUAUUUACCUUAUUACUUUAUUACUUUGACCCUCUAAAAAAAAAUAGUAAUAAUAAUAAAAACCAAUGGAUAAUAGACUGAGCGAAUAUUACUAACAAAACAAUAAUAAUUGAACAUUACAGUAUAAUACAUAAUAUUAUAUUAUAUAGGUAUCUACGUACAAUAUAAAUUGUUCUCCUACCAAAGUACUAAACAUUUUUUAUUCUGUAGUUUGGAUAUAUGCGGUACCGACACCAAAAACACAAGGACGUAUAGUGUGA